AUGUAUGCAUCCAAGAGUGCACCUCCCACUGGAUUCCGGCCGCUGCCAGAGCCAAGUGUGUCGUGGCGUGCUGAAGAUGUUGAAGAGGCUCGGCGGGUGACGCUCUUACGCGACAUGUCUUUUCGAGAGGAUGAGGCAGCGGCUCUUCCGUCUUUGCAAGCGUCUUUGAAGCAGAUGCGAUAUGAUCGUAUAAAAAUCGAGGAGGAGCAGCGUCAUGUCGGAGCUAUGAUACCAUCGCUUGCAAAAAAAGUGAAUACGAAUGCUGAGCGUGUAAGCCAGCUACGUGAACGGGCCAGAGAACUUCGUACUGCUCUCCGCUAUCUAGAGAAGCAGAUGGAUGAAGCUCAUGCACGCUCUUUGCAAAUACGCAGCGCAUGGCCGAACCGCAUGCAUCCAGAUGUGCCGAUAGGCCCUGAGUCGGAGUCAAGAGUCGUCGCCGUGUGCGACGCACGCAGCCCAGCCUGUCGAAGCACUUCCCUACCCACUACCCUACUUCCAUGCACAACCCAUGCAUUCGAUGCGUCGUUCACAUCCAAGCUCCAAGUGGAUCCCAGGCGCGAUCAUUUGGGUCUUGCACAGUCCAUGUCCCAUGGCGGUGUUGAUAUGGCUGCGGGCAUCACAACAACAGGUCCAUCGUGGCCAUACCUUCUCGGAACAAUCUCGAUGCUUGAGCAUGCGCUCUGUCAAUAUGCGCUGCAUGUAGCUACCAGGCACGGAUUCAUCCCCGUGUCUGUGCCUGACGUGAUAAAAACGGAUGUUGCAGAACGUUGUGGUUUCCGGCCUCGUGAUGAAGUUGCAGCUCAGACCUACUUUGUUGACACAAAACGCAGUAUCACAACGCAUGACACCUCUGCGUGUGAUGACGCCAUGGCUACGCUAUGUCUUGCAGGCACGGCAGAAAUUCCCCUCGCAGCACUUGUGGCGAAGCAGACAUUCAGCCAUCGGCACACCCAGCCGAAUCUGGGCGGUGAUGUGGCAUCGAUGCAUUUGCCUAUCCGCUUGACGGCGCUGGGUCAUGCAUUCCGUGCCGAAGCUGGCGCACGUGGUGCAGAUACGCGCGGCCUGUACCGGAUCCAUCAGUUCUCGAAAGUAGAGAUGUUUGUUGUGUCCGACGCUGAACAAAGUGAUGCCAUGCUCGAGUCACUUCGCCAUGUCCAGGAAGAUAUCGUCAAUGGACUGGGACUGUUGUACCGCGUGGUAGACAUGUCGUCAGAGGAGCUGGGUGCAAGUGCGUAUCGCAAGUAUGAUAUCGAAGCGUGGAUGCCAGGUCGCGGUGCAUGGGGUGAAAUUUGCUCAGCCUCCAAUUGUACUGAAUACCAGGCCAGGCGCCUCGCGAUCAAAUAUCGUGACGCAGAAACAGGCAGGAAUACCUAUGCACACACUUUAAAUGCCACAGCCGCCGCCAUCCCGCGCCUGCUAGUCGCACUUAUCGAGACAUAUUCCUCGUCAAAUCUUGUCUUGCCAGUUGCGCUGCGACCUUUCUGGAUCGGUGGCCCAAGUGACACUCGAGUCGAGUGGAUUGAACCAGCGAGUGUUGCAGCAUCCGCACCGGCAUCCAGUGGAGAACGGGCAUCGCCACUCCAGCAAUGUGGCACGAGCCAUCCACGCGCAUCAUUUCAUACAUCUGCUCGCAGAAACGUCUCUGCUUUUACGCGCGCAAAGGAGCAACUUCACUCCUUAGCUGUUCGCACGGGCGCGGAUCCCGCACCACUUCUUAUCUCGUUUGUCAUUCUGCAUGAAAUCACGGCUAUUGUACCGAUCUUUGUACUGGCUGCCUUGCUCGCCGUAUUGGGAGCCGGCGAUGCGAUGCUUGAGUGGGUUAAUACCCUCUUGAAUGCCAUGAUGCCGUCGGAAAAUGCUCGUCUGUACGAAUGGAUCGCUCGUGGACGCCGGAUGGCGACGCGUGUCUGCCGUCGUUUCGAUACCCUUCUACGUGGUAAGGAAGGUACUCCUAUGGCUGCUGCAUGGUUCACAAGUUUGACUGCAUCAUACGUCCUUGUCAAACUGCUUUUGCCCGUACGCAUUGCUUUAUCACUCGCACUGUCACCUGUCACUGCACGCACUUUGAUCAUGCCGUGGUGGAGACGGUUCCGACGCACCUAG